UCCUCGCGCGAAUCGCAUCGGUCUGAAAUCUCUUCAUCCAACGGGAGACCCUCUUCUCUCAAAAUCGUGCAUCUGUAAAUCAGACUCCUUUUGCUCUCAACCAUUUCCUAAUUCCGGGGCCCCGAAUCUUUUCAAUCCCAUCCAAUCAGAACCGUCGAUCUUACCGAUCCGAUCCGAAAAUGAACGACGCGGAUGUCUCCAAGCAGAUCCAGCAGAUGGUGAGAUUCAUCCGCCAAGAGGCGGAGGAGAAGGGCAACGAGAUCUCCGUUUCAGCUGAAGAAGAAUUUAACAUUGAGAAGUUGCAACUGGUUGAAGCCGAAAAGAAGAAGAUCAGACAAGAAUAUGAGCGGAAGGAGAAACAGGUUGAAAUUCGGAAGAAAAUCGAGUACUCCAUGCAGCUAAAUGCUUCUCGCCUCACAGUUCUUCAAGCUCAGGAUGAUUUGGUUAGCUCCAUGAAGGAGGCAGCUGGGAAGGAGCUCUUGAAUGUCGUCCAUGACCACCAUGGCUACAGAAAGCUUUUGAAAGAACUGAUUGUUCAGAGCUUGCUCCGGCUGAAGGAGCCAGCUGUGUUAUUGCGGUGCCGGAAAGAUGAUCUCGGGCUGGUGGAAUCUGUGUUGGAUUCAGCAAAGCUGGAGUAUGCAGAGAAGGCGAAUGUUCAUCCUCCUGAUAUUUUGGUGGACACAAUAGUCUAUCUGCCGCCUGCUCCUAGCCAUCAUCAUGCACAUGGGCCUUUCUGUUCUGGAGGUGUUGUUCUGGCUUCUCGAGAUGGGAAGAUUGUGUGUGAGAAUACGCUUGAUGCACGGCUUGAUGUUGUCUUUCGGAAGAAGCUGCCAGAGAUCCGGAAGUGGCUCUUUGGCCAGUUUGCUGCGUGAGAUUAUUUUUCUGUUCCCCUGGAUUAUUUGCUUCUAAUCAAUCAGACAUUGUAUGUCUUGGGAUUAUGCAUCGGUGAUGAAAAUCUGUGAUUCGUGUUGCUUGUUUGAGUAUUUUCUUUGAGGAUUGCGAUGUGCCUUUUCUAUUCAUUUCAUGACAGGCUGCAAUUUGCUGUCUUGUUUGGGACAUUAAAAUAGAGCUCUGGUUUUCACUCGUCCCUUA